CGUUAUCGGCAUAGUUGGAGGCUUAGUUUACAAAUUUGUUAUUGAAAAGUACGCGUUGUUUGCCGAUAGAGACCCUACACUUUUCAACUUUUACUUCUUCCAAGAAUUGCAUACUCAACUCAUGUAUUGAGCUUCACCUUGUGCUGAAAAUGAAUCCGAGUUCAUCGCAAUCACAUGAAGAUCAAGACUGGGAGAUGCUUUCUGGGUCAAAAUCGCUGACAUCAGAAAAAGACCUGCAAAGUAUCGAGGGGAUACUAUCCUUGAAGGAGAAAAGGGGGGAAAACAAAGGCGAGAAAGAGGAGGAUUGGUACACAACUAUUCCUCCCGCAACACCCGCCAACACUCCGGAGUAUACUCCCAAUCCUCCCACAUACCCUUCGGCCUCCCUCAGGAGGGAGCUGUCCCAAUCUGAAACAUCGGAGUUGUUUCCCAUUCUGGAGGUAAAGGAAGACACAGUCGACGAGACCAGAUCUGCAAAUGAAGACAACGAAAGCUCCUCUGGGGAAUAUUAUUUCGAAUAUACUCCGGUAGAUUCUGACAACGAAGACCCUACUUCUGUCAGAACCUUUAACGCCGUCAAAGAUUGGAUUUGUCGAAUAGCUUUCUACAUUGUUGUUUUCAGUUUGGUGAAAUGGGCGGCUUCUAAGGUCUGGGAGAAACUUAGAGGAGUGAGAAGUGGAAAUGAAAGUAUAUGAAGAAUAUGUAUUCAUAAUAUUAUUUAGGAUUUUUAAAUAAGAUAACUCCAUGUAUAUAUGGGAUGUGCUUGAUACAAAUAAAGGA